AUGAGUCUGCAUUUAAAAAAAGGACUCAUUCCCGAGGAUUAUCUGUUGACUCGCUUGGCGGAGGAUGUGUUACAGCCCAAAUUCAAGACUAAAUCGCGGAAGGCGCGAUUCGUCGCCAAGAACGGAACGUGCAACGUCGCUCACACGAACAUUCGCGAACAAGGACGGUUUCUCCUGGACGUCUUCACUACACUAGUGGACCUAAAAUGGCUUCACACCCUCCUGAUCUUCACCAUGUCGUUCCUGUGCAGUUGGCUCUUGUUCGGGAUGAUCUGGUGGCUCAUCGCGUUCGCGCACGGAGAUCUGGACCAGAAAGGUGACGACUUUGUGCCGUGCGUAACGGACAUCCACUCGUUCUCCUCCGCGUUCCUGUUCUCCAUCGAAGUCCAGGUGACCAUUGGUUUUGGUGGACGGAUGAUCACGGAGGAGUGCGUGUCGGCGAUCGUGAUACUGAUCAUUCAGAACAUAGUAGGUCUGGUGAUCAAUGCCAUCAUGCUAGGAUGCAUCUUCAUGAAAACAGCGCAAGCGAAUCGGCGAGCGGAAACGCUCAUCUUCAGCAAGCACGCGGUUAUAACCGUCCGAAACAACAAGCUGUGCUUCAUGUUUCGCCUCGGGGACUUGAGGAAGAGCAUGAUCAUCAGUGCCACCGUCCACGUGCAGGUGGUGCGCAAGACCGUCACCAAUGAAGGCGAGAUCGUGCCUUUGGACCAGAUAGACAUCCAGAUAGACAACCCGGUGGGCACCAACAGCAUCUUCCUGGUGUCUCCCCUCAUCAUCAGUCACGUUAUUGAUAAAAACAGCCCUCUGUAUGAUCUGUCGGCGGCGGACCUGCAGCACCGCGACAUUGAGGUGGUCGUCAUACUGGAGGGGGUGGUGGAGACCACCGGCAUCACCACCCAAGCGCGGACCUCUUACCUGUCCGAGGAGAUACUGUGGGGUCACAGGUUUGUGCCUACGGUGUCUGAGGAGGAUGGGAUGUACGCUGUGGACUAUUCCAAGUUUGGAAACACCGUUAAAGUGGCGACGCCGAGCUGCAGCGCGCGCGCGCUGGAUGACGCGGGAGGGCUGGAGAGCUUCAAACUGCAGGAGUGCAGCAGCCGCGGCGCGUCAGUGAAGAGGAGAAUCAGACAUCAACACACCAAAGAACUGUGAACUCGCUCUGUCAUUAACCUCCCGAGGCCCAACGAAAGAGUUUGACAUGUUUAUUUAUUUCAUAUAACUCUAUUUGAAUAAAACGUAUCGAUAGCUACUUGUAUUGCUAGUCAUGUUAUACACUCUAAAAAAUGCUGGGUUGUUU